AUGGACUCUGGUAAUAAAUAUGAACGACCUUCACAUCCUAGAGCCAAAGCAAACGUCCUUGAAAUAAUCACAUUUGGAUGGAUUUACAAACUCUUCAAAACUGGAUCACAAAGAGAUUUAGAAGUUAAUGAUUUGUAUGCAACACUAAAUGAUCACAAGUCAUCAUCACUCGGCAGGGGAUUAGAGGAGAAGUGGAUCGAUGAGCUCGCCAAUGCUAAACAGGCGAAACGAUCGCCAAGUUUAACAAAAGCUUUAUUCAAAAUGUUUGGAUUCAAGUUUUUGUUUUUAGGAUUUCUACACUCAAUCAUCGAAAUUGGUCUAAGAAUGAUUCAACCAUUACUCAUCGGUGGACUGUUAUCAUACUUUAACCCGAAUUUGUCAAGCGAAACACCUAAUAUAAACCAAGCGUACAUAUAUGCAACAUUAUUGACAUUAAACAUGUUCGUUACAUUAGUCUUUUAUCAUGCAAUACAAAUUGAAAUUUUACAUUCCGGGAUGAAGAUGCGUGUGGCCUGUUGCUCUUUAAUAUUUAGAAAGGCAUUGCGACUAAGUAAAACGGCUCUUGGUGAAACUACUGUUGGUCAAGUAGUCAAUUUGAUAUCAAACGAUGUAAACCGAUUCGACACUGUAGUAAUUUUUCUCAACUAUCUAUGGAUGGGUCCUUUACAAACAAUUUUAGUCACAUAUUUUUUGUGGCAAGAAAUUGGAGUUUCAUCCUUAAUUGGAGUAGCCAUAUUACUCAUGGUUAUUCCAGUACAAGGUUGGAUAGGAAAGAAAAUAUCUGUAUAUCGAUUAAAUACAGCCGUUCGGACGGACGAGAGAGUACGUUUGAUGAAUGAAAUUAUAUCAGGAAUCCAAGUUAUUAAAAUGUACACUUGGGAAAAACCUUUCGCAAAUUUUGUAGAAUAUGCAAGAAGAAAAGAAAUAAAUCAGAUUAAAGGAUCAUCGUACUGCAGAUCUGUAAUGUUAUCUUUUAGUGCCUUCCAUACUAGGAUUGCAAUGGUUUUCAGUAUAUGUGCAUAUGUGUUACUUGGAAACUAUAUCUCUGCCCAACAAGUAUUUGUCAUAACUUCGUAUUAUACUUUAUUACGGAACACAAUGACAGGAUUUUUUCCUCAAGGAAUUGCAAUAGUAGCGGAAAUGCGUAUAUCGAUUCAACGACUCCAGAACUUUUUAAUGUACGAAGAAAAUAUAAAUCAAAUAGCUUUCCCCUCAAAAUCCGAUAAGAAAGCUGUUAAUAGUAACAUAGAAGUCAAAACUACUAAUCAAAAUUUGUCAUCUAUCAAUGUAAAAUACAAUGGCAAUGGAUCACCUCAAUUAAACAACAUUGGAAUCGUUGUAAACAAUGCUACAGCUAAGUGGACAGAAGCUCAAACCGAAAACUCUCUCGAUAAUAUUAAUCUAACUGUAAUACCGGGUCGAUUAGUUGGAGUGAUCGGUCCCGUAGGAUCUGGAAAAAGUUCAUUAUUACAAGCGAUUUUACGAGAACUACCACUAUCCGGAGGAAAAAUAACAGUGCAGGGUGUAGUUUCUUAUGCAUCUCAGGAACCGUGGUUAUUUGCUGGUUCUGUACAACAAAAUAUUCUAUUUGGUUCAACAAUGGACGUUGAGCGUUAUAAAAAAGUUAUACAAGUGUGUGCAUUAAAAACUGACUUGGAACAGUUUCAAUAUGGUGAUAAAACGAUGGUGGGAGAAAGAGGAAUUUCUCUCAGUGGUGGACAAAGGGCGAGAAUAAAUUUGGCACGGGCUGUAUACAAACAAGCGGAUAUUUAUUUAUUGGAUGAUCCUCUAUCAGCAGUGGAUGCUCAUGUUGGCAGGCAUUUAUUUAGAAAAUGUAUCAAAGGUUACCUUAGAGAUAAAACUUGUAUUCUUAUUACCCACCAAAUACAAUACUUGAGUAGUGUAGAUCAAAUUAUACUCAUGGAUAAAGGAAAUGUUUUAGCUGAGGGUUCGUACCAAGAUCUUCAGAACUCUGAUUUCGAUUUUACGAAAAUUCUCGGGUCACCUGCAGUAGAAACAACAACUCCAUCUUAUAAUGAAAAUAUUCCCAAAAAUACAAGUCCUAUAAGUCAAAGAGUAGCUUACAGUCGACAAACGUCUAUACAAAGUAUGGCAUCAUCGGUUGGAGAUAUCCAAUUCAAUGAAUAUCAAGAACAGCCUGCUGAAGUAGCUGAAACUCGUACAUCAGGAAGUGUUUCAAAAAAUGUUUAUUCAUCCUAUUUUCUUGCCGGUGGAAGUGUUUUUAAAAUAUUCUUCUUCUUUACCAUAUGUAUACUCACUCAAGUACUGGCAUCAGGUGGAGAUUUUUGGAUGACCUAUUGGGUAAAUCUAGAAGAACGUGUUUUUUAUAGAGUGAAAGAUGUUUCUGGCGAUCCGUCUACGCAAUUAUUAUGGUGGUCAAUUACUCGAGAGACAUGUUUCAUUGUUUUUGGAGUUUUAACUUUAUUGUUGAUAGUUGGAACUAUCAUCAGGUCCCAUACAUUCGUAUCAGUUAGUAUGAAAUGUUCAAUGACUUUGCACAAUAAGAUGUUCAACUCUAUAACAAGAGCUACAAUGUCUUUUUUUAACACAAAUUCAUCAGGACGUAUUCUUAACCGAUUUUCCAAGGACAUGGGAGCUAUUGAUGAGAUAUUAUCAGCAGCAAUAAUCGAUUGCAUACAAAUUGCAUUAUUAUUACUGUCAAUUGUGAUAGUUAUUGGAAUUAUCAAUUUCUACCUUAUGAUACCUACUUUUUUCAUUGUCAUUUUAUUUUACAAAUUUCGAGUAUUUUAUUUAUCAACGUCUCGCAGUAUCAAACGGUUGGAAGGAGUUACAAGAAGUCCCGUAUUUGCCCAUUUUAAUGCAUCACUUCAAGGUUUAACUACAAUAAGGGCAUAUGGAGCAGAACAAAUUCUGUGUAGUGAAUUUGACAACCAUCAAGACCUACAUUCAUCGGCUUGGUAUAUAUUUAUGUGUUCGAGUAGAGCAUUUGGAUUGUGGUUGGAUAUGGUAUGUUUUGUCUAUAUAACAAUUGUAACAUACAGCUUCUUGGUAAUCGGAAAUACCACAUAUGGAGGAAAUGUUGGUUUAGCUAUUACACAAGCAAUUGGUCUGGCUGGGAUGUUCCAAUAUGGAAUGAGACUAUCAGCCGAAUUAGAGAACCAAAUGACUGCAGUUGAAAGAGUACUUGAAUACACAAAUGUCCCACAGGAAGAUGCUCUUGAAUCAUCGCCAGAAAAAAAACCACCUACGGAAUGGCCUUCGAAUGGACAGAUUGUUUUCAAAAACUUUUAUCUUCGAUAUGGCGCUGAUAGUCCAUUUGUAGUCAAAAACCUCAAUAUAAAUAUCGAAUCAAUGGAAAAAGUAGGAAUCGUAGGAAGGACUGGUGCUGGAAAAUCAUCGUUAAUUGGAGCAUUAUUUAGAUUAGCCAUUAAUGAGGGCAAUAUCAUCAUCGACGAUAUAGAAAUACAUGAUAUAGGACUUCACGACCUGAGGUCUAAGCUUUCUAUCAUCCCUCAAGAACCUAUUUUGUUUUCAGGAACAAUGCGAACCAAUUUAGAUCCAUUUAAUGAAUACCCGGAUCAUGUUCUUUGGAAUGCAUUAGAUGAAGUGGAACUAAGAUAUAUUGUUGAAGAAUUACCCAAUGGUCUGAAUUCAUUAAUGUCCGAAGGUGGUUCCAAUUUCAGUGUUGGCCAAAGACAAUUGGUGUGUUUAGCUAGAGCUAUUGUACGAAACAAUAAGAUUCUUGUAAUGGAUGAAGCCACUGCCAAUGUUGAUCCACAAACUGAUGCAUUUAUCCAAAACACUAUUAGAAAUAAAUUCCGAAUGUGUACGGUAUUAACCAUUGCUCACCGUUUGAAUACAGUUAUGGACUCAGACAAGGUACUUGUAAUGGAUGCAGGUGUAAUGGUUGAAUUCGACCAUCCACAUAAUUUGUUGAAAAAUAAAAAUGGAUUCUUGUAUAAAAUGGUGGAACAAACUGGACAGACCACUGCAGAACUUUUACAUACUGCAGCUGCAGAGAGUUAUAACAAGAUGAUUUUAACGAAAGAACAUCUUGUCAAAUCGUGA